AUGACUAUAUAUAUCUGCAGAAGUCUCAUCUCACACUCUCUCAAGAACUCUUCACAUCUCAACAAAACUCGAAUCUCCCUUUUCUCUAUCUUCUUCUUCUCUUCCUCUCCAGAAACCCCUAUUGCGGUGGCCGAUUACUUGAUUGAGAGACACAAAUUUUCUGCUGAAACUGCUUCGAUAGUCUCUUCCUUCGUAAAGUAUGUGAAAAGGCCUGAAGAUACCGAUUCUAUUCUUUCAUUUCUCCAGGAAAGUGGUUUUUCGGAUACCCAUCUCGAUCAUCCCAUCAAACGCACGCCUGAAAUUCUCUCUUCAAAUCUUGAGCGCACCAUCAAACCCAAAUUCAAGUUUUUUCAAGACUUGGGUUUUUCUUGUAGCGAUGUUGUGAAAUUCGUUUCGUCUAACCCACGGAUUCUAAAUUAUAGCGUUGAGAAUCGGUUUGUCCUGUCGAUUUUAGCAUUGAAGAGUGUUUUGGGUUGGAAUAUAGAUGACGUGUCUAGGUUUUUAAAGAAAUCUGGGUCUGGUAGGAUUUUGAACCAAGAUUUGGCGAAAACUUUGAUACCCAAUAUUGAAUUUAUGAAGAGUUGUGGUAUUUGUUCGUUGCAAAUAACUCAAUGUGUCUUUGAUUACCCAAGUUUUUUCUUGUAUAAACCGACGCGUAUUAGAGAAAAUGUGAAGAGGGUUGAUGAGACGGGCUUUGACAGGAAGUCUAAGAUGUUUCUUCAUGCGAUUAAGGCUAUUAGUUCGAUGACUAAAGAGAAAUGGGAGUUGAAAUUGGAGGUCUUUUAA